AUAGACCGUCCCAGCGCGCAGUGCCACUUGUAUUGUUUUGUUCCGUUGCCCAGGAAACAUGCCUUAUUAUGCAUGGCCGAAGAGGCUCGUAUUAAGUAGGACAAUAUUGUCAUUAACUUUAUAUUUUAACGAUGAUGCUGCGCUAGGCUGAUUGAAACAAGGAUACCUAAAUAUGGACUUAGUACGACACCGCUAAUUGGGUGUAACGGUUUUCUAACUUGACAAGUAGGUGGUUUUAUAAGUAUGUGUUUUAUGUAGCCCACAGAGAUACAUGUAGGUUACACUUUCCUGCAGUCAUAAGUACUGUAUCUUUUAAAAUGAUAAUUUUUACCUGGUUCUGGCUACCGAUCACAUGAUGGAAAUGAAAACAACUGGUAAGUAUAGCGUUUCUGGCUUCUGACACAAUCCGUCAUCUCAUGUAAUUAUUAUUCCAAAACAUUGUUAUUGAGAAUAUGUGCACAAUAUAUGAACGAUACUUUUGUAAUUUAAACGACAAUAGUUUCUUUAAUUUGUUAAAAUAUUAGUUAUCAGGCCGGCCUAUCAUAACUCUCACGGGAUUUCAAAAUUUUUUGUAUUUUUCUCAAGGUUUAAAUUUUCAAUUUAGCAAACAUAAACGAAAUGGCAGGUAUUCGCGUCGUUCUCUUACGUAACCUCUUGCCUGCAGAGAACCUCGACGAUGUUCAGCCGGCUGUGUACCGCGCAGCAUUUAAGAUACGCUCGCUGCAGAAACUUUGUCAAACGCACGCGGUCAGGAUACGGUCCCUUCGUCCGGCCAUGCAGUCUCUGGGUCGGGCUGUGGCUCCAGGGGAUAUUGUAACCAAGGGGGACGUGGAAAGCUGUCUGCAGAGGCUCUUCGACUGCGUGGACCAGGAGCUGCCAGGUCAAGCAAGGCCAGGAGCUGCAGAGCACACCGUUAGACUGUUGUUCAAGCUGUUUGAUAGCAGGGAGCAGACCGGGGCAGUCUUCCUGCACUCUGUGGAGGCAGUGAUGAUAGCACUCUCAGGGGAUAUACUUUCAGCUAAGCAUGCAGCCCUGUUUGAGCUGGCAGUGCGCUGCAGUGAGUUGCCCGGGCGACGCAGUGGAGUGAUGACCCAGAGUGGCCUGAGGGUGAUGCUGUUCGACCUGAGCCAGGUCCCAGGAGCCGUGCAGGAGAGCCGUGUGUUUGGCCAGGUGGAGAGUGCGGUGACAUCCUGCUUCCACAGGGUGUUCGGUGCUGGGGCGUCGGAGACACAGUUCAGCCUCUGGUUGCGGUCAGACCCCCGCCUCCUACUGUGGCUGUCGGCGCUGGACAGGAUCUCCCUUGGCGAGGCCAUUGCCCACCCGGUGCGCUGCCAUGUGUGCAAGGCAUCACCCGUUGUGGGCCUCAGGUACCGCUGUCUCCAGUGCCUGAACCUCCAUCUCUGCCAGACGUGCUUUGUGUCCCAGAGAGGCACCAGUAAGCACAGACCCUUCCACGUGGUGCAGGUGCACAGCACUCAGCCGACCCUGAAGGAGGCGCUGUUCUCACUGGUGCACCGCGUACAACAGACGUUAAGGAGGAGGCGUCCCGCCAGGAUGGAGGUGGAAAGCAGCACCCUCACUGGGGCCCAGUUAAGAGCUCAUGCAUCGACUCUACAGGCACGAAGUGCUGUUGAAGAGCAAAGGUUAGAAUCUGAAUCAAGAGAUUCACAUCCCACCAUGGAGUCGAAGGCCAUGCAGACAGAUCCGGUCCCAGUUCUGCAGUCCCAGGGAAAGGCGUCACUUCUCAGGGGAGACCUGAGCCACACGCGGGGGCUCCUUCAGGACCCACAGAGGGAGCAGCGGCGAGCUCACUCGUUCGUCUGCAGCCUCAGCAGCUGGCAGGUUGAGCCGGGCUCAGCGUUACAUUUGCAGCUCAUCAGGCAGCUAGAGAAGCAGCUGCAGGUCGGGAGAGCCUGUGUCCAGGCAGAGAACAGCUGGCUGAAGGAGAAGUGCAAUCAGCUCGAGGUCACCACGGAGAUCCUAGCCCAGCACAACCAGAACCUGCAAGAGGAACUGCACCAAGUCCGGCAAGUGCUGGAAACUCUGACCAGAAAUGAGAAGAAAUGUGCCAGAGAAAACAAGCAAUGGAAGCCAGAGGAGAAAACAGACCAGACUAGGAGGCAGGAGGGUGGUAGAUCCACCCCUGAAGGCUCUCAGCAACCCCCCGAAAUGACCCUUGCUGACAGGCCCGGGAAAGGGCCAGGAUGCACCACCGUCAUGGAGAGACUGCAGCCAGAAUCUCAGGAAACAGGAGACAGGGGAGGAAGCACAAACCGGUUCCUCGAUUCUGUGGAACUAGAGGAGCAGUUGUUUGACGUGGUACAGCACCUAAAGCAAGAACUUUCUCAGGACCCAGAAACAGCCUCUCCAGCGCCAGCCUCUGACCCCAGAGGGGACCUGCUGGAGGCAGCCGAGAACGUGGGGAACUCCAUCUCCAGGCUCGUGAGCGCGAUCAGCCUGACGGGUCCCGUCCACAGCCCAUGUCCUGGAACAUCAGCCCUUCAUUUCAGAUCGGACCUCUGAGGUUCUCUGCUCCAUACACAACACAGGAGACUAGCAAAGGAUAUGCAUUAUUUUAUUAAUAAAAAGAGGUAGAAAAUGGAGAGAACUAAUGGUCACUUGAAGCCGGAGCUCAACUUGAAGGCCACAGCGCUGGGGUAUGAUCUGACCCAGCAAACCUCUAUCCCAAUCCAGUCCCGAGUGACAGAUUCUGGGACUUUCUGGAGGUCUCUCUGUGACCCAUAGGGGAAUGAAGGCCAACGGAACAACUUCUAAGCUAAGAACAUGGACCACGAUCUGGAAAACGUUUGUCAGUCACAAAUAUAUAAGACAAUAGGAGGUUUUACACCAUACUAAGUAUAAAUCAGACUGUAUCUCUGUAACACUGGUCUGUUGAAAACAGAAUUAAUUUAUUGUUUUGUGAGGAGGUUUGAAAGGGGAACAAAAAUAAAGGACACCCGCAGAAACGGAAAACACA